AUGUCUGCUUUCGUGAAAAGCAAGCUGAAAGCAGCGCGAGACGCCAUCGGCAAGAAAGAUUACGGAACUGCUCGGGAUGCCUCUCUUGGAGUGUUAGAGUAUGAACCUGACAAUUACAAUGCCCACGUGUUUCUCGGUCUCUCGCUGUUCAAUCUUGGACAGGUAGAUGAAAGCGAGCAAGCAUACAGGAAAGCCAUUGCUGCUAGCCCAGAUCAGGCUUUGGCUUGGCAGGGUCUCUCUCAACAGCUCGAGCAGAGCAAGAAAUGGGAAAAUUACGCUGAGACACUUGAACACUUGUCGCAGCUAUUCGCGAAGAAUAAUGACGCAGUCAAAUGCGCUGAAACCCUACAGAAGCUGAUAGAUCUUCGCCGAAACAGAAGUAGCCCAACACAAUUGGCAGAGACACUUUCUACGAUGCUUCCCAGUUCCUCUUUUUACUCGACCCUAUCCACGCUUCCACCUCCGGAUCCUACAAGCCCAACGUCUACCUCUACGUAUCCUACGCAGGUAGCCGUACACGAUUCCCUACCUGUCUUAGAGGAGAUAGUCUCGAUACAUGAGCGUGAAGAGAAGACGAAAGUGGAGAAAGAUGUUUCCAGACGCAGGAUGCGCCUCGGUGCAGCAGGCCCAGAACAGCUCCAACGAGAGGUUGAGAGGGAGGUCCUAGAAAUCUCACCGCUACCAGACUUAUACAAUGAAAUUCUAAAUCAUCCCAACACAUCAGAUGAAUUGCGGCGCACGACCGAAUCGAAGCUUCUGCGCCACAAACAGCGUUGCCUGCAUGUUUUGCCUGCAACAGGCGAGUCUGCUGCUCAGAAGGCACAGGUCGCAACAGAAGUAGAAGAAUUGGUGAACGGUAUGGUCUUGCUAGGCAUUCCAGAUGAACUAGCAUGGACUUCAUUCAUUGAAGCCAAAGAUGCUGCUCGGAUUGAGGAUUACGAUUUCAGCAUCCUGCAACAAUUUGUCACGUCGUUCCCGUCGUUGCCAUUGGCAAAGUUGAUUUUGGGCUACUAUGGAUACAUGGGCAGACAGUCUUCGGAUCGGGAUGACUCAGACGGGAUAGCAAUACUCCCGCAUCAGACAAAAGAAGCACAGGAAGAGUUCGUAGACGCAAUGGCGGAUGCCUUCGGGAGUCUUCUAGAUUCCAUACUUGCCCAUAGGAUGAUGGUUGACAUAUAUGAACGAGAGGAUGAGCUGGAAAAUGUAAUCAAAGUGGCAGAGAGCGGUCUUGAGUUAGUGCAGCGAGCGGAGUUGGAUAAUGGCAAGUCUUUGACGCAAGUCAGGAAGGCGUUUAACAUCGCGCUUGGCGUCUCUCUAGUCCAUCACUUUGCGCCCAAAUACCACUCUCGUGCACUCGGUAUCAUCGACCAGGUCCUCAGCCAAGAUCCGGACAACGUGCCAUGCCUUAUGGGCCGAGGCUUCGUCCUCCAGCGUGCCGAGAAAUGGGCGGAGGCAGGUGAACUGUUCAACAGGGUAGCGCACCUGAUUCCCGAUGAUCGCAAUCACGGUAUACGUGCCAAGGAGGAACAGGCAUGGUGUCAAGCAAAGCGUCACGAUCCGGAGGGUGGAUCAAAGGCGUUGGCAGCCGUUGUAACGGUUCUGGACGAGCUGGAUGGGAAGGACGCCGACAAGGCGCGCUGCUGGUGGCGGCUUGGCAAAUGUUAUUGGGAUAUGGGAGAUCAUUGCCGUGAAGAAGCAUACCGAUAUUUCGUCACCUCUUUAAGGCACUUUCCAUCUUUCGCUCCCGCUUUCACGUCCCUGGGAAUUUACUAUUCAGAUUUCUUAUCUCCUCCUGAUCCCAUCCGAGCAUCGAAGUGCUUCCAAAAGGCCUUCGAACUAGAUCCUCGUGAAGCAAGUGCGGCCCGUAGACUAGCGGAAGGAUUCGCAGAAGAGCGAGAAUGGGAUCUUGUUGAAGUGGUUGCCAGGCGCACCAUUGAUGGUGAGGGUGGACCUCAGAGCGGAACGGAUACAGUUGCAGCUGCAAGAUAUUUGCCGGUCAACGCGUGGGCAUGGAAGGCUGUGGGCGUAGUUGAAUUGAACCGCCAUAGUUAUCCUCCAGCUAUUCAGGCAUUCCAAAUAGCCCUCAGAACGGAUGGAGACGACCAACUCUCCUGGUUACGGCUGGGAGAGGCAUAUAGCAAGGCGGGUCGCUUCGCCGCGGCACUUAAAGCUUUGGAACGCGCCCGCGAGCUCAAGCCGGAAGAUUGGAUUUCUUCUUAUUUCAUUGGCGAGGUGCAAAGGCAGACGGGAGCGUACGAGGAAGCCAUUGAGGCGUUUGAAUCUAUUCUGCUUGACCAUCCAUCCGAAGUUGGUAUCCUCAUAUCUCUGGGGCAAGCUCAUUUGGACCUGGGACGCGUGCAGCUUGCGACUGCGUACACAGCAAGGGCAGAAACCUCCUUUGUUUCUUCAAUUCGCGUGGUGCUUCGCCUAAUAGACGCCAGCCCUGGUUUCCGACGUGUAGCCUGGAAAAUCGCCGCGGAUGCCGUCUUCCAGCUAUCACAGUUCUCGACAUUCUCGGAUGAAGGUGGCGUGCGCAAGGUAGCCGCUGACCUGACUACACUUGUAUCAGAUCAUCCGGAGAGUGGUUUAUCUGGAAUACUGUCAUCGCCGCUAUUGCUGAACGAUACAAGAGACCUUUCACUUUUCCUCCUUGAAAUUUCGCUAGCGGCAUAUGAUUACCGGAUAAUUCUGGGAUCACUUGACGAGGCGGCUGGCGCGAGUGCAUACUUUGACCUUGGAGUCGCUCUGCAUGCAUAUGCACGCAGAGUAGCGCCGAGUACAAAGCAAAAGCGUUCCCAGCAGGAAGCCGUUCAAAAUUUCAAGGAAGCCUUACGCCUUGAUCCUGGCAAUGACCGAUACUGGAGCGGAUUGGGCGACGCAACUUUUCUUUCACAACCAAGGGUUACGCAACAUGCCUAUAUCAAGGCGUUGGAUAUUGAUUCCAAGAAUCCGAUAACUUGGACUAAUUUGGGCUUGUUCUACCUGUACCACGACGAUGCAGAGCUCGCGAACGAGGCUUUCUACAAGGCGCAAACUCUGGACCCGGACUAUGCUCCAGCUUGGGUUGGGCAGGGACUAGUAGCUACGGCCAAUGGUCAUGAUGCAGAUGCAAGAGCAUUGUUUGAGCACGCUGUUGGCUUGACUGCAACCGUGCCCGAGGCAGAUGUCGAGUUUGCCAAGCGCAUUUUCCACAGACCGAACACUACAGCUUCGGCUUCUGCCCCCUCUUCAGAUGCUCUCUUCCCCGCGUUCUUCGUUCUUGAUCGCUUUUGCAAGAAACAGUCUCAGGAUGCUGCCGCGCUGCAUCUGUUCGGGCUUGUCUGUGAACGGAUCGGACACCUGGAACUGGGUAUCGACAGUAUUAGCCGAGCGAUAUCCCUACUUGAAGCAGCAUAUGAAGACACAGAAGAUCCCGUUAUCGAGAGGCAAUUUACCAUCGCACAUACCAGUGUGGCUCGUCUCCGACUUUCCCUUGGGGAUUACGGCGGCGCUCUCGAAUCUUAUCAGGUUGCAAUGGGACUGCUUCCCGAGGAACCAGAGGACCGUAACUCUAGGAUACUGCUUGUGCAGGCGCAAUUUGGCUCAGGACUAGCCCACUUUAAGCUUGGCCAACUGCAGGAUGCUCUGACGUUCUUGCAGGCCGCGAUGGGGAUUGCAUCUGAAGACUCCGUUCUCCGAGGUCACAUCGUCGUCUUACUCGCGCAAACUCUUUGGGCCGUAGGCACGGAAGCCGGUCGAGAGUCUGCUAAAGCACAAUUAUUGCAAAGUAUCGAAUCUGAUCCUGAAAAUCUCAUGGCUAUUAAUGCGCUAGCGGGUAUGGGAAUACUCACGGACGAUGAUAGCCUCGUGGACGCCGCUCUUUCCGAGAUCCUUGCCCAGCCACUGGAUCGGCGGCUUCAGAGAGAUCCCGACAGGGAUAUCACAUAUCUGCUCAUCGAGCAUCAUCUCGGACAGGGUGAUUCCACGCAAGCCCUCUCUGUGGCGCAGAAAGCAGCAUAUGCAGAGCCUUCGCGUCCUGAAAUCCGGCGUCAGUUGGCCUCCCUGACCCUUCAGCAGGGAGAGAGCGGCGCGGCUCUCGCUGUCAUUGCAGGCUCGAGUGCGGCGCGUGACGACAAUCUUGCGCAACUUCGCGAGUCUCUUGCUCUCCAUGCCGUUGCAUUGUCUCUUAGCGGUCAUCAGGAUCCUGGUGUCAACAGCGAAGCCCGCAAGCUUGCCCAAAAGGCGAUCAUGCUGGGACCAUGGGACCUCCACAAUUGGCGAGCUCUUGGAUACGUCGAAAGUCAGUCGGUCUCUUGA